AAUCUAGAGGCUCCUUCAAUGUUGAGAUAAUCCCUGCACACUUUGGGUAUGAGCAGUUUUCAGAUCCUGUCUGAGAAUGCUGUUCAUUGCCUCUGAGAUGGACAUCCACAAAGAAGCGAGGUAGCUGACUUGAUGUCAGAAAACCAAGAAAUAAGCAUCAAGCUCAAUCAUGACGACCUAUUUGGAAUUUAUCCAACAAAAUGAAGAACGAGAUGGAGUCCGCUUUAGUUGGAAUGUUUGGCCAUCAAGUAGACUGGAAGCUACAAGAAUGGUUGUUCCAGUGGCAGCCUUGUUUACACCUCUUAAGGAGAGACCUGACCUACCACCCAUUCAGUAUGAGCCGGUUCUGUGCAGUAGGACCACUUGCCGUGCUGUUUUGAAUCCUUUAUGUCAAGUGGAUUAUCGAGCAAAACUCUGGGCUUGCAACUUCUGUUAUCAAAGGAAUCAGUUUCCACCAACUUAUGCUGGGAUAUCUGAACAGAAUCAGCCUGCUGAACUUUUGCCUCAGUUUUCUAGCAUUGAAUAUGUAGUUCUGCGUGGUCCUCAAAUGCCUUUGAUAUUCCUCUACGUCGUUGAUACUUGCAUGGAAGACGAAGACUUACAAGCCUUGAAGGAAUCCAUGCAAAUGUCAUUAAGUCUCUUGCCACCAACAGCUUUGGUUGGACUUAUUACUUUUGGGAGAAUGGUGCAGGUUCAUGAGCUUGGAUGUGAAGGCAUUUCAAAAAGCUAUGUCUUUAGAGGAACAAAAGAUCUAUCUGCCAAACAACUUCAGGAAAUGCUGGGGCUUGCUAAAGUACCAGUAACUCAAGCAACACGUGGUCCUCAGGUACAGCAGCCGCCUCCUUCCAAUAGAUUCUUACAGCCAGUACAGAAAAUAGACAUGAAUCUCACAGAUCUUCUGGGAGAACUUCAGAGAGACCCUUGGCCUGUCCCACAGGGAAAGAGACCUUUGCGUUCCUCAGGAGUGGCUCUUUCCAUAGCUGUAGGACUUCUUGAGUGCACUUUUCCCAACACUGGUGCUCGCAUCAUGAUGUUCAUUGGUGGUCCUGCUACUCAGGGGCCUGGAAUGGUGGUGGGAGAUGAAUUGAAGACACCUAUAAGAUCCUGGCAUGACAUCGAUAAAGAUAAUGCCAAAUAUGUUAAGAAGGGAACUAAGCAUUUUGAAGCAUUAGCUAAUCGGGCUGCUACAACUGGCCACGUUAUCGAUAUCUAUGCUUGUGCAUUAGAUCAGACAGGCCUCCUGGAGAUGAAGUGCUGUCCCAACCUUACUGGCGGGUAUAUGGUGAUGGGUGACUCUUUCAACACUUCCUUAUUUAAGCAAACUUUUCAACGAGUCUUCACCAAAGAUAUGCAUGGACAGUUUAAAAUGGGCUUUGGUGGUACGUUAGAAAUAAAGACCUCAAGGGAAAUAAAGAUUUCAGGAGCUAUAGGACCCUGUGUGUCUCUUAAUUCUAAAGGACCCUGCGUGUCUGAAAAUGAGAUAGGAACAGGUGGCACUUGUCAGUGGAAGAUAUGUGGGCUCAGUCCCACUUCAACCUUAGCCAUCUAUUUUGAGGUGGUUAAUCAGCAUAAUGCUCCAAUUCCUCAAGGUGGACGUGGUGCAAUCCAGUUUGUGACACAGUAUCAGCAUUCAAGUGGCCAGAGGCGCAUCCGAGUGACCACCAUCGCCAGGAACUGGGCAGAUGCUCAAACUCAAAUCCAGAACAUUGCUGCUUCUUUUGACCAGGAGGCAGCUGCUAUUCUGAUGGCCCGGCUGGCAAUAUAUCGAGCAGAGACAGAAGAAGGGCCAGAUGUGCUGAGAUGGCUGGACAGACAGCUCAUUCGAUUGUGUCAGAAAUUCGGAGAGUAUCACAAAGACGAUCCAAGUUCCUUUAGAUUUUCAGAAACCUUCUCUCUCUAUCCACAGUUUAUGUUUCACUUAAGAAGAUCUCCUUUCUUGCAAAUUUUUAACAACAGUCCUGAUGAGAGUUCAUAUUAUCGUCACCAUUUUAUGCGUCAAGAUCUGACACAGUCUCUAAUCAUGAUUCAGCCUAUUUUAUAUGCAUAUUCUUUUAGUGGACCACCAGAGCCAGUUCUUCUUGAUAGCAGCAGCAUUCUUGCAGAUCGAAUUCUCCUCAUGGACACGUUCUUCCAGAUUCUGAUUUAUCAUGGUGAGACCAUAGCCCAGUGGCGAAAGUCAGGAUAUCAGGACAUGCCAGAAUAUGAAAAUUUCCGCCACCUUCUACAAGCCCCAGUGGAUGACGCCCAGGAGAUUCUUCACUCCCGGUUUCCAAUGCCAAGAUACAUUGACACAGAACAUGGAGGCAGCCAGGCUCGGUUCCUCCUCUCAAAAGUCAACCCUUCACAGACGCAUAAUAAUAUGUAUGCCUGGGGGCAGGAGUCUGGAGCCCCUAUUCUCACAGAUGAUGUUAGUUUACAAGUGUUCAUGGAUCAUUUGAAGAAACUUGCUGUAUCAAGUGCUGCUUGACAUGCUAAGCCUCAUAAGGACACUUGAGAUGAAAUAUUUCAAUUUCAUUUUUUUCCCUUUUCAGUUUAUCCUAGGAGCCAACAGAAAUCUCUCUCUAGGCUUUUCCCCCCACCUUGUAUCGGUAUGGUUUGACACAACAUCUAGAAACAUUUUUACUUGUAUAGAUUAAGCUGGAAUGUAACAAGAGCAAUGAGAACAACUUUGUUUUGCUUGAUACAGUAUUAUAACUAGUUUUACAAAUUUGUAGUCUUUAUAAUUUAAUUAUGUUUAAGAAUAAAAAUAGAGUCUGCCUUGUAUUACAGAUAGAAAAAUCUAAAGUGGCACUGAAUGUCCUUGCUGACCUUUUAAGAACAUAUUGAAUUUUAGCCAGAAAGGAACAAAUCAAUAGUAAUGAUAAAUGUGAACAUUUUUGCCUAUUCAUUAAAUAUUUUUCUGUCAUUUUCAGCAUUUAUAUAUACACUUUUUCUCUACUUCUGUUAAGCUGGAUUUAAUGUUUAGGAAUUGCCUGACUUUAUAAUGGUAAUUUUUUAAUGAAGAUAAUAUUUUAGGUUAUUUGGAAAAAUUGUUUAAAAAAGAAAAAUUUUAGGGGGUUACAGUCCUACAGCUGACAAUAAAUGUGAAAUCUCCCCCAAAUAUUCAAUUCACAUAAUUUAACUACAUGAUUUAAACAAGAGGUAGGAAAUAAAGCAUUUUUUUCAAAGUGAAUGAAAAGAUCUUUUGAAGUAUAAUGACUGUGGUAGCUACUAAGCCAGAUUUGGUUUAGUUUUGGUGUUUCAUUUUGAUGUUUCAUCUUUUUGUUAGGUAGAAGUUAUAUCCUUCAGUAUUUUAACACUACAUGGGGAGUUUACACAUUACUUUUUAUUUCUAUUUCUCUUUUGUGAAAUUAUUAAGUUGUAGGUAUUGAAACAGUAUUAUGUAAUGUUUAAUUAUGUCACGUGUUGAUAUUUGGUUUUAGUUUGAUUUAUUCAUUAGUAACAUUAACUUUUACCUUUUAAAGUUUACUUGUAGCAAAUAUGUUUACACUUCUAAAGCCAGAUAAGAUUUGACAAUGAAUUUACAUUAUCAUUUACUACAAAUGGAAGUGGUGCUCUGACAUAUAUUUUGAAAGAUAGUUUUGAUGAUUGUACUUGCAUGAACACAAUCAUAUGAUAGUAAAACAGAAAUUACUGUUAUAUGUUGUUCAACUAGUUUAAAUUGCUUUGUUCUAUUUUAUUUGAGUUGAGCUAUGCUGGGUCAAAAUGCCAAUAAAAUAUACUUCCUCUGUU